CGCGCGGCCACUGACGACGCAUUGACGAGUUCAACGGCGUUUCCCAUCUCCUCCAAAGUAUCUGUUAUAAUUGACACCUAUCCAUCUGUUGUGUGAGUGUGCAUGGAAAUGGUUAACCGGAUGGUAACAGCGGGUAACUCGGUAACUACAGACGCCACGGGAGCCCGCCCAGGGUACAUAAACAUAGGCGUUGCUGGUCCUGCAGGUGUGCUAAGCUAGCUAUGUAGCUAUACAUGAUCUGAUGGGAGCUGCAUUGCCACGAUACUUUAGUUUUGAUCGAUAAUUGGAUAUUAGAGACUAGUACAAAUCACACACAACACGUCUGCAGUAUGAAGCUAACACGGAAGUUGGUCCUGGCCAAAGCCAAGGCCUCGGAUCUGGACAGUGUCAAGAAACUCAACUGCUGGUAGGUGGGAGGACAGAUGGGUUAGCUAACUAGCCGAUAUGCAACUAUUGGAUGCUAGCUAGCUGACAGUCCCCAUUUCUCUAAUGUGUCCAAUGUUUUCUCUUUCAGGGGCUGCAACUUGACAGACGUGAGUAUGAUUGUGUAUUCUCAAUUUCUAUGUUUGUUUUUUGCUGUUCUGGGUUGACAGAAAAUAAUAAAAAAUUCCCAGUUUAAGUGGUUAGCUAGCUAGCUAACUCAUUAGCUUUAUCUCAACUCUAAAGUUCUCUUCCCUCCCUUCUCUUCCCUCCUCCCUCCCUCCCUCCCUCCCUCCCUCUUUCCUCCCUCCCCUCCCUCUUUCCCCUCCCUCCCCUCCCUCCUUCCCUCCCUCCUUCCUUCCUCCCUCCCUCCCUCCCUUCUCUUCCCUCCCUCCCUCCCUUCUUUCCCUCCCUCCCUCCUUCUUUUCCCUCCCUCCCUCCCUUCUCUUCCCUCCCUCCCUCCUUCUCUUCCCUCCCUCCCCCUUCCCUCCCUCCCUCCCUUCCUUUCUUCCCCCCUCCCUCCCUCCUUCUCUCCCUCCCCUCCCGUCCUUCUCUUCCCUCCCUCCCUCCCUUCUCUUCCCCCCUCCCUCCCUCCCUUCCCUCCCUCCCUCCCUUCUCUUCCUCUCCCUCCCUCCCUUCCUCGCCCUCCUCCCUCCCUUCUCUUCCCUCCCCCUCCCUUCGUCUCCCUCCUCCCUCCCUUCUCUUCCCUCCCUCCCUCCCCCUCUUCUCCCUCCCUCCUCUCCCUCCCUCCUCUUCCCUCCCUCCCUUCCUCCCUCCCUCCUUCCCUCCCCUCCCUCCUCCCCCUCCCUUCUCUUCCCUCGCCCUCCUUCCUCCCUUCUCUUCUCUUCCUCCCUUCUUUCUCUUCCUCCCUUCUCUUCCUCCCUUCUCCCUCCCUUCUCCUCCUCCCCCCUCUCUCUCUCUCUCUCUCUAGAUCUCCAUCUUUACCCAGAUACCCCACAUUGAGGUCCUGACUCUCAGGUUCGCUAUCUACACACCCACACACACACAGGGCUGUUAUGGUGACCGUAUUACCGCCACACCAGCGGUCAUGAGUCAUGAUGACAGUAUGAAAAAUGUGUGCACUCACUAACUGUAAGUCGCUCUGGAUAAGAGCAUCUGCUAAAUGACUAAAAUGUAAAAAAAUAGUUUUUCCAUGUGACCGUUUAGUCACGGUAAUUAGGCUUCUCUGUAGCUCAGCUGGUAGAGCACGGCGCUUGUAACGCCAAGGUAGUGGGUUCGAUCCCCGGGACCACCCAUACACAAAAAUGUAUGCACGCAUGACUGUAAGUCGCUUUGGAUAAAAGCGUCUGCUAAAUGGCAUAUUAUUAUUAUUAUUAUUACUGAUGCUGCUGCUGGUCAUUAGUAGCCUACCAAACUUGCUAACUGCCUGGUACUCAGCACUCUAUUGUCCCUCUAAUCACUGACAUCAAUGCAAAUGUAAUCGAAAAUCUACUCAAACACUUCAUGAGAGCCCAUGAGCUCAUGUUGCGCAAUAUUUCUACAGGCUAUGGAGUAGCGGGAGGAAACAGAGUGAUGGCCUCUUAAAAAGAGGAGGAUCCCAUCAGCUUUCUAUUGGCUAUGGAGUAGCGGGAGGAAACAGAGUGAUGGCCUCUAUUAAAAAGAGGAGGAUCCCAUCAGCUUUCUAUAGGCUAUGGAGUAGCGGGAGAAAACAGAGUGAUGGCCUCUAUUAAAAAGAGGAGGAUCCCAUCAGCUUUCUAUAGGCUAUGGAGUAGCGGGAGGAAACAGAGUGAUGGCCUCUAUUAAAAGAGGAGGAUCCCAUCAGCUUUCUAUAGGCUAUGGAGUAGCGGGAGGAAACAGAGUGAUGGCCUCUAUUAAAAAGAGGAGGAUCCCAUCAGCUUUCUAUAGGCUAUGGAGUAGCGGGAGGAAACAGAGUGAUGGCCUCUAUUAAAAAGAGGAGGAUCCCAUCAGCUUUCUAUAGGCUAUGGAGUAGCGGGAGGAAACAGAGUGAUGGCCUCUAUUAAAAAGAGGAGGAUCCCAUCAGCUUUCUAUAGGCUAUGGAGUAGCGGGAGGAAACAGAGUGAUGGCCUCUAUUAAAAAGAGGAGGAUCCCAUCAGCUUUCUAUAGGCUAUGGAGUAGCGGGAGGAAACAGAGUGAUGGCCUCUAUUAAAAAGAGGAGGAUCCCAUCAGCUUUCUAUUGGCUAGGCAUACUAUAUUUAUUUCUCAACUUUCCUAAUAUUAAGCACAUUGCUUCUCUUUACAACAGGAGUAUAGCCUACCCGGCUGGCAUGAAAAUGAAUCAUGGGAAAAGCGUCCUCCAUUCGCUAUUUAAGUGCAUAGAUGUAUUUCUUUCAUGUAUUUCUUUCCCCUGCCCCUGUUUCGAGACAGGUGCAUGAUAAUGGUCCAUUCUAAAUCAAAACAAAUGUCACACAUGUAUUAUUUAGUAUAUGUAAAGAUUAAAUCAAGAAUAGUCUGAUGGGUGACAAUAUUAGCCUGUCGCUUGUGAAUUAUAUAUUAUCACUUGUGAAUGAUACCCAGCUUAAGGCAAGAAACAAAGCCUUUUUUUGCCAACUUUUUAGAAUCAUAGUCGCACACCUCAUGUAGCCUAGCCCAUAGUCCUAUAUGUUUUGAUAAGGUUUGUUUUACAACUAAAGUGGCCAAAUAACUUCUUAAAAUGAAGCACAUUAAUCUGCUUUACAAGGGGUUUAGAGCCUAACUGGCAUACAUACACAGCGCGUGAGUUUAAAGUUUGGGGAAGAUAAUUUUCACCAUAAAAAUGCACAUUUAUAAUAAAAGCAUUACAUGCAUAAUUGCAUUUGCGGUCACUUUUGAUAAUGGUGUUUUUCCCGCUAAUGGAACAUUCCCGCUUAUAGCCUACUGCCGUGUGCGCAUUGCUGAGCUUAUAAUGUGAAGAAAUUGCCUAAUAGUUUAUAAACAUUUUAAACUAAACGUUCUGAUUUGUUGGGUCAGCCACAUUGCGUAAAAAAUGUUUUUUUGAUGCUAGUGGUUGUAUUAAUUUGGGCUCUAUUGCAUCCCACAACUGUCCCAGACUAUGUUUGGAAUAUUUAUUUCUCUCACAGAAUAGAACAGGUCGACUUUUGUACUAUGGGGAUAGUAGAUUGACAUUGGCUAGUGCUUUUGCUGUUCGUUAGGCCGACUCAGCUUGUUGGCUGACGAAAAGUAAAUGUGGACAGUUCUUCCAAUAUCUUCAAUAUCUGCCUCGGAAUUGGAUAAGGACGCACGCAGUUGUGUCUGUGUUCACUUGUAGCGUGUGAGAAAGACCCGAUCACGUGAUGGAGAGCCAUGUGAGUGAGAGGUGCUUCGGCAUGCAGCCGGGAGAAGGGAAUUAUAAUUAUUAUAUUCAGCCCAAGGGCACAACAGCCACUGGCCGCAAAAGGCAUGGAUAUUUUUAGGGGGCAUUACGGCCACACAAAGGGGAUGCCGCCGGGAAAUUGGAGGCAUUAUCAAGUGCUUGUCAAAUUGUGAAUGAGAGACUGAUGAAGUGUGUGCAGCCUGCGCAAAAAACUUAGCAGAGCUCAUGCCUUUCAUGCAACUUUUUUCAAAUCAUCAUUAGUCGCAUCAUGCAGCCAUAUAAUGUAUUAAAAAUCGAAACAUAUAGAACAACUAAAGUUACAUAAAUAACUAAAUUAAGCAUAUAGGAGGACCUGUUUCUUUGUUAACCGCUCAACACAGAAUAGCCGCAUGUGCGCACUUCCUCAAAUCAUUUGGAGAAAAUAUCCUUUCUAUUUUAUUCAGCUUUGUUCAAUUGUAUUCUUCAUACUAUAAAAUAAUAUAAAAUAAAGCCACGGAAUUCUAAGCUAAUCUUGUCUGCUAAAUGAACUAGUGUAGCCCACAGCCAUAAGGCAUAGCCAGAUCAGGACCUAACAUAAGGACAACUCAGAGGAUGCUAUUCUGCUCUUCUCAUUUAGACUAAUUAACGGUCAAUUACCAUGAGACCACCAGUUAUUUGCUUGACCAAUCACCGGCUGACAGAAUGUCAUGACCGCCACGGCCCUACACACACACACUGUGCGCUGUUUGAGAGGAGAGCAGGUUUAGUUGUACUGUGUACACUACGUUGUAUGCUGUGCAUAUGAUAAAUCAACUUUGACCUGCAUUAACCAGGUCCUCUCUCUCUCCAGUGUGAACUCCAUCUUGUCCCUGUCAUCUCUGUCGGGGUGUGUGUGUCUGAGUGAGUUGUACCUCAGACGGAACCUCAUCCCUUCUCUCUCAGAGCUCUCCCAUCUCCGCCCCCUCACACGCCUACGAGUGCUCUGGUUGGCUGAGAACCCAUGCUGCGGAACAGACCCCAGCCAAUACCGUCUCAACGUGCUGCGAAGCUUGCCACACCUACACAAACUGGACAACCAGGGUCAGUGAUCUUCAGCUGGGACAAUGAUGUUUGUGUUUUGGGGAAGGAUGCUGCUAGGACUUAUAUCCUACAGCAUAACCAUAGGGCUCCAUUUGGUGUUUUGGGCCGUUGCUACUGUGUGUGAAGUGACGUGUGUGUGUGUGUGUGUGUGUGUCCAGUGGUGACAGAGGAGGAGCUUGCUCUCGCUCGAAAGGAGGGAGAGGAGAUAACCACACCCCCUGCCGCCGCCCAGAACCAGUUCUCGACCAGUGGCCAGCCAGAGAACAUCAGCUCCACCAAUGGACAGACAGAGGCGGAGUCAGAGAACGACCCCCUCAACUACAGUAUGGAGGAGACCAAGUAAGACCCGCUCCCUUUAAACGUACAAACACACACACACACCCCAUUAACCCUAACCCUGUCUCCUAACCAUCUACAGUAAGAUCCGGGAGCAGUUGGGGAUGAAGCCUAUUCCUAGGGACAAGUUCCCCUCCCUCUCCUCCCAAUCACCUCGACCUGCAGCUAGGAAGGUAACAGACACUCCUCUACUAUCCAGACACUCCUCUACUAUCCAGACACUCCUCUACCAUCCACUCUACCAUCCAGACCCCCCCAGACCUCCUCUACUAUCCAGACACUCCUCUACCAUCCAGACACUCCUCUACUAUCCAGACACUCCUCUACCAUCCAGACACUCCUCUACCAUCCAGACACUCCUCUACUAUCCAGACACUCCUCUACCAUCCAGACACUCCUCUACCAUCCAGACACUCCUCUACUAUCCAGACACUCCUCUACCAACCAGACACUUCUCUACCAUCCAGACACUCCUCUACUAUCCAGACACUCCUCUACCAUCCAGACACUCCUCUACUAUCCAGACACUCCUCUACCAUCCAGACACUCCUCUACUAUCCAGACACUCCUCUACCAUCCAGACACUCCUCUACUAUCCAGACACUCCUCUACCAUCCAGACACUCCUCUACUAUCCAGACACUCCUCUACUAUCCAGACACUCCUCUACCAACCAGACACUCCUCUACCAUCCAGACACUCCUCUACUAUCCAGACACUCCUCUACCAACCAGACACUCCUCUACCAUCCAGACACUCCUCUACUAUCCAGACACUCCUCUACCAUCCAGACACUCCUCUACCAUCCAGACACUCCUCUACUAUCCAGACACUCCUCUACUAUCCAGACACUCCUCUACCAUCCAGACACUCCUCUACUACACUCCUCUACCAUCCAGACACUCCUCUACCAUCCAGACACUCCUCUACCAUCCAGACACUCCUCUACCAUCCAGACACUCCCAUCCAGACACUCCUCUACCAUCCAGACACUCCUCUACCAUCCAGACACUCCUCUACUACACUCCUCUACCAUCCAGACACUCCUCUACUAUCCAGACACUCCUCUACCAUCCAGACACUCCUCUACUACACUCCUCUACCAUCCAGACACUCCUCUACUACACUCCUCUACCAUCCAGACACUCCUCUACCAUCCAGACACUCCUCUACUAUCCAGACACUCCUCUACCAUCCAGACACUCCUCUACUAUCCAGACACUCCUCUACCAUCCAGACACUCCUCUACUACACUCCUCUACCAUCCAGACACUCCUCUACCAUCCAGACACUCCUCUACUACACUCCUCUACCAUCCAGACACUCCUCUACUACACUCCUCUACUAUCCAGACACUCCUCUACCAUCCAGACACUCCUCUACCAUCCAGACACUCCUCUACCAUCCAGACACUCCUCUACUAUCCAGACACUCCUCUACUACACUCCUCUACCAUCCAGACACUCCUCUACCAUCCAGACACUCCUCUACCAUCCAGACACUCCUCUACCAUCCAGACACUCCUCUACCAUCCAGACACUCCUCUACUAUCCAGACACUCCUCUACCAUCCAGACACUCCUCUACUACACUCCUCUACCAUCCAGACACUCCUCUACCAUCCAGACACUCCUCUACCAUCCAGACACUCCUCUACUAUCCAGACACUCCUCUACCAUCCAGACACUCCUCUACCAUCCAGACACUCCUCUACCAUCCAGACACUCCUCUACCAUCCAGACACUCCUCUACCAUCCAGACACUCCUCUACUAUCCAGACACUCCUCUACUAUCCAGACACUCCUCUACUACACUCCUCUACCAUCCAGACACUCCUCUACUAUCCAGACACUCCUCUACUACACUCCUCUACCAUCCAGACACUCCUCUACCAUCCAGACACUCCUCUACCAUCCAGACACUCCUCUACCAUCCAGACACUCCUCUACCAUCCAGACACUCCUCUACCAUCAAGACACUCCACUACCGUCCAGACACUCCUCUACUAUCCAGACACUCCUCUACCAUCCAGACACUCCUCUACCAUCCAUACACUCCUCUACUAUCCAGACACUCCUCUACCAUCCAGACACUCCUCUACCAUCCAGACACUCCUCUACAAUCCAGACACUCCUCUACAAUCCAGACACUCCUCUACUAUCCAGACACUCCUCUACUAUCCAGACACUCCUCUACUACACUCCUCUACCAUCCAUACACUCCUCUACUAUCCAGACACUCCUCUACCAUCCAGACACUCCUCUACUAUCCAGACACGCCUCUACAAUCCAGACACUCCUCUACUAUCCAGACACUCCUCUACCAUCCAGACACUCCUCUACCAUCCAGACACUCCUCUACUAUCCAGACACUCCUCUACCAUCCAGACACUCCUCUACCAUCCAGACACUCCUCUACUAUCCAGACACUCCUCUACCAUCCAGACACUCCUCUACUAUCCAGACACUCCUCUACUAUCCAGACACUCCUCUACUACACUCCUCUACCAUCCAGACACUCCUCUACUAUCCAGACACUCCUCUACCAUCCAGACACUCCUCUACUAUCCAGACACUCCUCUACUAUCCAGACACUCCUCUACUACACUCCUCUACCAUCCAGACACUCCUCUACCAUCCAGACACUCCUCUACUAUCCAGACACUCCUCUACCAUCCAGACACUCCUCUACCAUCCAGACACUGCUCUACUAUCCAGACACUCCUCUACCAUCCAGACACUCCUCUACUAUCCAGACACUCCUCUACUAUCCAGACACUCCUCUACUACACUCCUCUACCAUCCAGACACUCCUGUACCAUCCAGACACUCCUCUACCAUCCAGACACUCCUCUACCAUCCAGACACUCCUCUACCAUCCAGACACUCCUCUACUAUCCAGACACUCCUCUACCAUCCAGACACUCCUCUACUACACUCCUCUACCAUCCAGACACUCCUCUACCAUCCAGACACUCCUCUACUAUCCAGACACUCCUCUACUAUCCAGACACUCCUCUACCAUCCAGACACUCCUCUACCAUCCAGACACUCCUCUACAAUCCAGACACUCCUCUACAAUCCAGACACUCCUCUACUAUCCAGACACUCCUCUACCAUCCAGACACUCCUCUACCAUCCAGACACUCCUCUACUAUCCAGACACUCCUCUACUACACUCCUCUACCAUCCAUACACUCCUCUACUAUCCAGACACUCCUCUACCAUCCAGACACUCCUCUACUAUCCAGACACGCCUCUACAAUCCAGACACUCCUCUACUAUCCAGACACUCCUCUACCAUCCAGACACUCCUCUACUAUCCAGACACUCCUCUACCAUCCAGACACUCCUCUACCAUCCAGACACUCCUCUACCAUCCAGACACUCCUCUACCAUCCAGACACUCCUCUACCAUCCAGACACUCCUCUACUAUCCAGACACUCCUCUACUAUCCAGACACUCCUCUACCAUCCAGACACUCCUCUACUAUCCAGACACUCCUCUACUAUCCAGACACUCCUCUACUACACUCCUCUACCAUCCAGACACUCCUCUACUAUCCAGACACUCCUCUACCAUCCAGACACUCCUCUACUAUCCAGACACUCCUCUACUAUCCAGACACUCCUCUACUACACUCCUCUACCAUCCAGACACUCCUCUACCAUCCAGACACUCCUCUACCAUCCAGACACUCCUCUACUAUCCAGACACUCCUCUACCAUCCAGACACUCCUCUACUAUCCAGACACUCCUCUACUAUCCAGACACUCCUCUACCAUCCAGACACUCCUCUACUACACUCCUCUACCAUCCAGACACUCCUCUACCAUCCAGACACUCCUCUACCAUCCAGACACUCCUCUACUAUCCAGACACUCCUCUACCAUCCAGACACUCCUCUACUAUCCAGACACUCCUCUACUAUCCAGACACUCCUCUACCAUCCAGACACUCCUCUACUAUCCAGACACUCCUCUACUAUCCAGACACUCCUCUACUACACUCCUCUACCAUCCAGACACUGCUCUACUAUCCAGACACUCCUCUACCAUCCAGACACUCCUCUACUAUCCAGACACUCCUCUACUACACUCCUCUACCAUCCAGACACUCCUCUACCAUCCAGACACUCCUCUACCAUCCAGACACUCCUCUACCAUCCAGACACUCCUCUACCAUCCAGACACUCCUCUACCAUCCAGACACUAACUGUGUGGUGAUUGGGUCUUCCAUCCAUACUGUGUGGUGAUUGGGUCUUCCAUUCAUACUAUGUGGUGAUUGGGUCUUCCAUCCAUACUAUGUGGUGAUUGGGUCUUCCAUCCAUACUGUGUGGUGAUUGGGUCUUCCAUCCAUACUAUGUGGUGAUUGGGUCUUCCAUCCAUACUAUGUGGUGAUUGGGUCUUCCAUCCAUACUGUGUGGUGAUUGGGUCUUCCAUCCAUACUGUGUGGUGAUUGGGUCUUCCAUCCAUACUGUGUGGUGAUUGGGUCUUCCAUCCAUACUGUGUGGUGAUUGGGUCUUCCAUCCAUCCAUACUGUGUGGUGAUUGGUCUGUGGCUUCGUGUGUGUUUCCAGUCCCACACUCUGGAGGCAGUGCUGAUGCUGUUGGAAGAUCUGGAGGAGGAGGAGCUACGCAUCGUUCACACGGCAACCCAAAACAGACAGCUCCGAGCACACACACACCUCAAGCUUACACACACACAACCUGAGCUUACACACACACUACAGGGAGAGACAACCACUGACACACACACACUGCAGGGAGAUAGAACCAUCGACACACACACACUGACAAUCUGCAGGGAGAGAACGCCCGACGUCGAGGGCUGACACACACACACACACACCUAUCGACUUAACACUAACACACAAUCACACAACACUGAGGUAGACACACAAGUCACGUUUGUGGUCAGCGACCAGAGGGAGACAUGCUCCCCCUAGGGACAGAUCCAGCUUCCCCUUCCCCAAUCCCAA